GCCGACAAUAGUUGACGAUGAGGCCCCUUCUCGUGGUGACUCUUCCAGUGCUGACAAGGUGUACUCGGUUUGCAAGUAAAAUGGCAUCCGAAGCGAAGCGUGCCAAGCUGACGGACAGUGAGAGGGAGUCUCAGUUAGAACCACUGAUGGGGAAAGGCUGGACCAUGGUGGACGGUAGGGACGCGAUCUACAAGGAGUUUCUCUUCAAGGACUUCAACCAGGCAUUUGGCUUCAUGUCGCGUGUGGCCCUCAGGGCUGAGAAGAUGGACCACCACCCAGAGUGGUUCAACGUCUACAACAAAGUACAGAUCACACUCAGCACCCAUGAUGUGGCUGGGUUGUCGGGUAGGGACGUCACCCUAGCAACCUUCAUAGAGAAGGCUGCGUCCUCUGUUCAGUGAUGUGUUCAGUUGUUGAGGCCUUGAGAU